AGGAGGGCCGGGUGCACCCGCUGUUACACGGCAGCGCACAGCGAUGCCUGGCCUCGCCCCCAGGACAGCGCUUGUGGCGAACAGGCUGGGGAGGUCAGGGAGCGACCCGCUGGCGGAGGGGGGGAGGGUGAAGGUGACUCAGGCCCGGGCACCCUCAGCCCCGUCACGCGCAGAGCCGGGUUCACGUAGCACAAAUCAAGCAGGGCUCCUCCGCAUGCGCCCUGGAGCCAGCCGCUUUACCCCGACACCCCCACCCCUCCCCGGUCAUCGCGAGAUUUGAGGAGGCGGCGGCCCCGGGGACAGCUCGGGCGCGUCGCUAUAGCAGCGCAGGCCGGGGCAGGGCGGCCGAAGGCAGGAAGAUGGCGGGCCUGGGGGGACGCCUGUUGGCGGCAGCGGCCGGUUCCCGGGGCCGGGUGGGGCCUGGCGGGCUCCGGAGCGGCCCUGCAGUGACCGUUGUGCCUUCGCGGAGCGAGACCGUCAGUCGCAGCGGCGCCAUUUUACCCAAACCGCCCAAAAUGCCCUUUGGCCUCCUACGAGUGUUUACCGUUGUGAUCCCUUUCCUCUACAUCGGGACUCAGAUCAGUAAGAAUUUUGCAGCCUUGCUUGAGGAACAUGAUAUCUUUGUCCCAGAGGAUGAUGAUGAUGAUGAUUAAAGGAUUGUAAUGGAACAGAAAGGAGAAAGCCACAGACAAAGAACUGAAUCUGACAUCACUGUCUCCUCAUGCCCCCUCCCUCAUUUUAAAGAGGAAAGGAGGCACAGUUGGAUCUCCCUCUGUACCAAUGAACGUUCUCUUCAUGUAUAUAUGACAGUUGGGAAGGGGUGUAUAUACAGUAGGUCCAGCAACCCUUGCCUGCUGUACCUUUCACACCCUAGGCCACUUGGGUUUCUGUAGUAAUGAGCCUGGGCCAUAUAAAUGAUUAGAUUAUGAAUAAAGAAUGGCAGACUGAACCAUG